UUGACACGCACACUGUACAUUGGUACCAUAUAACAUAUGGAGACACAGAGCCAGAAAUGGCUUCUCAUCUCUCCCUCUCGAUCAUAUUCCUCAUCUUCUCCAGACUCUCAGGUGCUUAUCGUGUGUCUGUGAAGACAGGAGGCUCCAUCACCAUCCCAUGUCCCUAUAAUCUGAGAUACAAAACACAUGUGAAAUACUUGUGUAAAGUAGAUUAUUUGCAUAGAUGCUCCCCUGAUGUACAUUCUAAGAGCAUAAAUAAGGCCUCAAUCUCUCAUUACAUCAACAAGCAAACCUUCACUGUUACCAUGACUGAUCUGACGACAGAGGAUUCUGGACGUUACCGAUGUGUUGUGGAGAUCAAUGGUGGAAUAGAUGUCAUUAUAAAAAGAUUCCAACUAUCUGUCAUUCCAGGUACUCCAGAACUCUAUGUGGACCAACAGGAGGUGACUGGAGUUGAAGGAGGGAGUGUCAUUGUAAAUUGUUACUAUAGUGUCACUGUAAAUAUUAAGUGGUGCAGGAUUGGUGGCAGUGUCUCCUGUAUGGAUGGUAAUUCUGGGACUAUAAGUGAAACAUCAGUGACCCUACAGCAGACCACUGAUGCCACCAGAGGAAAUGUCUUAACGGUGACUAUGAGUGGACUGAAGAUGGAGAACACUGGCUGGUACAGGUGUGGAGUGGGAGACCUUAUGAUGCCUGUUCACAUCACUGUCAGACAACAAACCACCACGCAAAGUACCACCACUAUGACCACAACCCAAGCUCCAACCACUGAACAAUCCUCUUUCUCUCCAACUGCUGAGCCUGUUCAGACUGACAACACAGUCCAAGGACCUGAGGGGGGCAAGGAGAAGGACACCAUGAGUUCCAUAGAUCUAAAUGUCCUACUGAUUCCUCUGGGAAUGUUGGUGGUGGUGAUAUCUGGUGUUCUAGUCACAUGGAAGAUGUGGAGAAAGUAUAAGGACAAUAAGGCCAUGGACCAGACAACAAACACCUCAGUGGACCCAUUUCAUGCCGAUGAUGAUGGUGAUGUGACAUACAGCACUGUUGUUCCCAAGAGGAGGAACCAGCUAAAUCUACAGACCAAGGGACAACCAUAUGAUGUGGUCUACAGCUCACUAGUCCUACACCCCACAGAGGGCAGGAACACAGCAGUGACUGACUGAGUGAAGAUCUUGGUCCUAAAGAGCCCUUAUCCUGGAAAGACAGACCAUUCCCCCUCCUGUGUCACAACAUGAGUCAUGACCAUCCAUCUGCCUCCAAUAUGCUACUGCCCACACCUCCUAACCCACCUGUCUCCUUGUGUCCAUAAUCUACUGAAGACAGUCUACUGUGCUCGUAUUGAUUAGCCCUUUUCGAUGCCCUUUUCCCUUGUAACUGAUCAUGAUCAAAUGUGUAUAUUAAAUGUACAAAAUAAAUAGCUGUCGCUGAAUGCAAAAUG